AUGCGCGUGCACGCAGGUUUAAGUUGACGCUUCAACGUCGUCCAAACACGCUCGCCGAGCGACGCGGUGCAUCGCGCCGAGCAAGACGAGUCUCGUGGCUUCGGGGUCGGUUGCAGGCGACACUCCGUCAGUACGCGGACGACAGGGAGGAUCAGCAAACUCGCGCGGAACCUCUCGUGCUCGAACGAUCGGACGCGUGAUUCCGAGUGUCGCGACGAAGUUCCGACGAAAUCCCGCCGAAGCGGAAUUUAACGGUGUUGUGUUUGCCAGGUGUUGCCAGGUGUUACCAGGUGAAUGUGCGAGCGUUUACGUCGCGAAUCUUCCCGAGGGGCGAGGAAGAAAUCGACGAGGUGAGUGGUAUCUCGCGAGGAAUCUUCUCUAUACGCUGCGAAGUUUGCGUUUAAUGUUUGCGCUGUGAAGUUAGGCGCGUAUUUGAAUCGAGAACGACGCGAAUCGAACUCGAUCAGAGAGGGAGAAAUAUCAGUGAUCUCGUCGAUCUUCGCGUCGGUUAAACGCCGAGAAGAACAAGAAUGGUGAAUGGCGAUCGAAGGUGAAUGAGAGGAGGACGGUUCGAUCGCGAUCGAUAUCGAGAUCCCUCUCCGUGUCUACGGAUUCUCACGGACGUGGGUAAGGGAAGGAAGAGAAAGGAAGGGAGACUCGCGUCGCUUUUCGAGGAAUGCGCUCGUCCCGGUGGAUCCGUGAGAAUUGUUUUCCCGAGAAAAAGAGUGCAAAAAAGUGUUAUUAUGCGGCGCGAGUUUUAUAUCAUUCUACGACGCGUUCGUCCUAGUUGCGCGUUCCUUCGUUAGAACAGUUGAACGCGUAUUUCGACACGUUCGACGGAGAGAGGGUAAGAGGGAGGGGAAGGUGAGGUGAAUAGGUGAAGCGAGUGUAUCGCGCGGAAUGCGAGACGCGAGUGUACGUGAAACGAAGACGCGCCGCGGUUCGCCGCGAUUGGCGUAACUCGCGUCACGCUCCUUCCGGAACUCCUUACACACGGCGGACCACGAAGAAGCGAAGGUGAGGUGCAGGCGCGGACGGUGAAGAAAGAGGAAUAGUGGAGGGAGCGAGGUCAACGGCGCGCAACGGUGUGGCAAGAGGAUGGAGCGGCGACCGGCGACGACCUCCGCGAGGACGCGCAGCCUCCUUGCCGGCCUUUGCCUCGUCUGGAUCAUCGGCAGCAUCUGUGCCACCGAACCACUCCAGGAGCCACGUUUUACCAGUCAGCUUUCCAGCAGUGGCAAUAUACUUAGCGAGAAUCGCACAAAGUUUCUGCAAUGUCAAGCAAGAGGCAAUCCUCAACCAAAAUACCAAUGGUUCAAAGACGGGAUGCCCCUCAGUGAACUCACUUCCGAGCCUUUCUACCGUAUACCGAGCACACGACGAGAGGAUGCUGGAGUUUAUUACUGUGUCGCGACGAACGAUGUGGGGUCCAUAUUCAGCGAUCGUCUCGCCUUUACCGUAGCUUAUAUGGGAGUGUUUGACGAUCUCACGGAGAAAGUGGUGACCGUCGAGUCGGGUAGUGCUGCGAUUCUGGAAUUACCCCCGAUCGAGAGCCAUCCUACUCCACAGGUAACGUGGUCCUCCACGAAAGGAAUGCCUUUGUAUGGUGUUAAAUACGCAAUAAUCCAUCAGAGGCUGCUAAUAUUAAAUGCUUCGGAAAGCGACGAAGGUUCCUAUAGAGCAAAGGCUAUCAACACCCAAUUAGGCAAGGAGGAGAAUAGUCCGUUUUUCAAGUUGCAAGUCAUCGGCGAUCCAUAUGCAGAAGUGGCUCCUACCGUAAUCGUCAAGCCGCAGGACACGCAGAUAAUCAAAGAUCAAGCUGCCACGUACAUAAACUGCAUCGCGAAUACCAGAUCACUUUAUGAGUUACGAACCUUGUGGAUGAAAGACGGCAUUCCGAUCGAGAACUCUGGGAUAUUGUAUAAUCUUAUUGCGUUUAAUAGAACCCUCGAAUUACUCUCAGCCAAAAUAACUUACACAGGGAUAUAUUCUUGCCAUGUGGAUUUGAGGAGCGGUGAUUAUCCGACUGUAAAUGCGAGCGCCAAGAUUGUCGUAUACGAAAAACCAACAUUUGUAACGGAAUUAAAGAGGGAAACCCUGAGCGAUUACGGAUCCACAGUAACGUUACCGUGCGAGGUUAACGGCAUACCGCCUCCUAUAAUCAGUUGGUUCCGUAAUGCCGAGCCCGUCGAUCAUUUGCUGGGAACCAGAUACACAAAGGAGGAGGAUGGCUCGUUGACGAUUAAAAAAUUAACUAUGGACGACUCGGGAAUGUUUCAAUGUCUCGCGUCUAACGAUGUCGGCGAAUCAUCUAGUUACACAUGGCUGAAGGCGAAAAAAGGAUUAGGAAGCGGAUUGAGAAACAGAGUUGCCCGCUGGGCGGCUGGCUACAAUGUAGUCAGAGUUCGCCAGUCUGACCACCGUUUUAUGUUCUCUCAUUAUCCAGACACAUCUGGACCGAUUAUGGAAAAUGGUCCACGUGAUUUAACAGUAUUGGAUGGCAAAGAUGCGACUUUAACUUGCUAUGCUGUAGCGGCGCCUAAACCAAACAUUACCUGGUAUUAUAAUGACACGACACCUGUGGAAAUCGCCGGGAGAGUACAAGUCUUGGACAAUGGUGAUCUUUUAAUCGCAGCGGUAAAAUCGUACGACGCGGGAAAAUAUACUUGUAUCCGUGCAAAUGAAGCCGGCUCUGUCAAUGGAUCGGCAUAUUUGACUGUUAUGGUUCGGACGCAAAUUAUCCAACCACCUGUUGAUACAUCAGUGCUUCUCGGACACACUGCCGAAUUACAGUGUAAAAUCUCGAACGAUCCAAACGUCGUGUAUGAUAUGGCAUGGUUUCAUAAUGAACAAGUAAUAAACACACAAGCGAGUCAAAGAGUGAAAAUGCGACCAGACGGGACUCUUGAGAUUGUCGCUGUUCGAGCUUCCGACGUAGGGGACUACACGUGUUCUGUGGUGUCACCAGGUGGAAACGAGACUCGAUCCGCUCGCCUGAGUGUGAUCGAAUUGCCAUUUGCACCGAUCAACGUUGUAGCUACUCGAGUGGAGCGGAUCUCACCGCGCACGAUUAAUGUCACUUGGGUGCCUGGUUUCGACGGUAACAGUCACACGAAGAAAUUCAUCAUCCAGAGACGAGAAGUAUCCGCCGAUUCAGGACUUCUGACCAGCCCGUUACAAAAUUGGGUCACUGAACGCGACAAUGUGUCGGCGACAAGCCGAUGGGUAUUAUUGAAUAAUUUAAAAGCUGCGGCAUCUUAUCAAUUCCGCGUCAGCGCUGAAAAUAGUGUCGGCGAAGGUCCAUCGUCUGCACCUAGCGACGUCGUUGUCCUACCCCAAGAACCUCCUAAUGGUCCACCGGUCGGCUUCGUUGGGUCGGCACGUUCGUCGUCGGAAAUAAUAACUCAGUGGCAGCCUCCGUUGGACGAAUAUCGAAAUGGCCAUAUUUUAGGAUACAUAUUGAGAUAUAGGCUGCACGGAUACAAUGACAGUCCGUGGACGAUGCAAAAUAUCACCAACGAAGCGCAAAGAAAUUAUCUUAUUACUGAUUUAAUUACGUGGAAGGAUUAUGAGGUACAAAUAGCGGCUUACAACGAUAAAGGUGUAGGCAUAUACACCAAGGGCUUGCAGAUUAAAACCAAGGAAGGAGUUCCGGAAGCACCACCUACAAAUGUAAAAGCGGAAGCAGUUAAUUCAACGGCGGUGAAAGUUUGGUGGAAGCCACCGAAUCCGCAAAAGAUCAACGGAAUAAAUCAAGGAUAUAAAUUGCAAGCUUGGUUUGGCGGCAAUUUUACGGAAGCGACCGAGUAUAAAUCGAUGACUGUACCACCUAGUUUAUUUGAUCCGCUCGCCGAACAGAGCGCUAUUAUGACGGGUUUAAGGAAGUACACCAUGUAUAAUAUCACAGUACUUUGCUUCACCGAUCCGGGUUAUGGUGAAAGAAGCUCGCCCGUUGAAAUACGCACUUGCGAAGAUGUACCUGAAGAAGUGGAGAAUUUACAAUUUGAAGACAUCAGCGAUCGCGCGUUAACAGUUAAAUGGAGUCCCCCUAAAGAAACUAAUGGCAUAUUGACACAUUAUCAACUGAAAUAUAUGAUUAAAGAGGUUCCUGAUUCUUUGCGUGUCGAAAACUUCACAGCUGAUGUGUUGUCGACAAAAGUAAAGCAUCUACAGGCAUUGACUCAUUACAAAUUUGAAGUUACUGCGUGGACAUUGACUGGACCAGGAAAACCAAAAAUAGCGACCAUACAAUCAGGCGUAGAACCGGUGCUACCAGAACCGCCUACAAAAUUAGCAUUGUCCAACAUAGAUGCAUUCUCCGUUGUGUUACAAUUCACGCCAGGAUUCGAUGGCAAUUCAUCCAUCACUAAAUGGACAGUGCAGGCACAAACGGCGCGAAAUUCGACGUGGUACAAUAUCUACGAGGUAUCUGAUCCUGAUGCCAGUACGGUCACCGUCGACGGUUUGACUCCCUUUAUGCAAUACAAGCUUCGUUUAAUCGCGAACAACGUUGUUGGUGCAUCGCAACCUUCCGAAUCGACCAAGGAAUUCCAAACGAUUCAAGCACCACCCUCUUAUCCUCCGAAGAACGUGACGGUUCGCGCGAUGAACGCUACUGAAUUACGCGUCAGAUGGAUCCCGUUGCAACAAAUAGAAUGGAAUGGAAAUCCACGAGGAUACAACAUCACGUACACGGAAGUGCGUUCAAACAUUUCGAAAAGUGUCACAAUCGAAGAUCCCACUGCAAAUUCAUAUGUUUUGGAGAAUAUGGAGGAAUUUGCUGAUUAUGAGAUAAUGAUGCAGGCAUUCAACGAUGUCGGUUCUUCAGCAGCAAGUCCAAAGGCCAUCGAACGAACUCGCGAAUCAGUUCCUUCUCUGGGACCGAUCAACGUAGAGGCGAACGCGACAUCCUCUACGACUAUUCUGGUACGAUGGGGCGAUGUUCCUGUGGAACAUCAAAAUGGACAAAUCGAAGGCUUUAAAGUCUAUUAUGGCGCGAAUACCAGAUCGUCUUUCCAAUACAAGAAUAUUCCCAGCAACACCACCUUUACGACUACUCUAACGGAGCUCCGCAAAUUUGUACAAUAUCAUGUGCAAGUUUUAGCUUAUACGAGACUCGGUGAUGGAGCGCUGAGCACUCCACCCGUGAGAGUCCAGACUUUCGAAGACACUCCUGGUCCACCAUCUAACGUGUCUUUCCCUGACGUGAGCUUCUCCACAGCACGUAUUAUCUGGGAUACUCCAGAGGAUCCCAAUGGAGAAAUUCUUGCAUAUAAGGUUGUGUUUCAUUUGAACAGCAGUCAAAAUCGACAAUUUUCCCAAGAAUUCCCGGCGUCAGACAGAACAUUUAGAGCCACCAGUCUUGAACCAGAGAAAUAUUACAUGUUCUCUGUGACAGCACAGACAAGAUUGGGUUGGGGUAAGACAGCUUACGUACUUGUAUUUACCACAAACAACAGGGAGCGUCCGCAGGCACCAUCGAUGCCGCAAGUGAGCAAGUCGCAAAUUCAGAGUCGCCAGAUAACAUUUAGUUGGACACCAGGCAGAGAUGGUUUUGCACCAUUGAGAUAUUAUACAGUGCAACAAUCGGAGAAUUCUGGACCAUUCCAAACUAUACCAGAGAGAGUAGAACCAACUGUGACAUCUUAUACAGCUAACAAUUUGAAACCUUUCACGCACUAUCAAUUUCGCAUUCAGGCUACCAACGAUAUAGGUCCUUCGGAAUGGAGUACCGAGUCUGCUCAAGUACAAACUUUACCUGCAGCACCGUCUAAAGGUGUUACUGGUUUGAAAGCCGUACCAAUAACAACGUCCAGCGUCGAAGUUCACUGGAACAUGAUCGACGAAGUGUAUUGGAGCGGAGAUUACAAAACGGGUGGUUAUCGUAUCGUUUAUCAGCCAGUAUCGGAUUUUCCGACGCCGCUGCAGACACCACCGAAAGAAGAGAUCUUAGGAAUUAAUGAAACUAAAAUGGUUUUAAGCGAUUUAACGGAAGAUCGAUAUUACGAGAUUAUAGUGCUACCGUUUAAUUCGGAAGGUGAGGGCCCACAGAGUCCACCGGUCACUGUAUAUGUAGGAGAAGCAGUUCCUACAGGAGAGCCUCAACAUUUGAUAGCCGAGCCUAUUUCUUCCACCGAGGUUCAUUUACGUUGGAAGCCUCCGCAAGCCAAUAUGCAAAAUGGCGAUUUAUUAGGAUAUAAAAUUUUUUAUUUAGUAACAGACUCUCCACAAAAUUUAGAAAAGAAACAGGAAGAAGAAAUAGAAGUAGUUCCGGCGUCCUGUUUGGCGCACAGUUUAGUCUUCCUCGACAAGUAUACACAAUAUCGUAUUCAGAUCUUAGCGUUUAAUCCGGCUGGAGAUGGCCCACGAUCUCCGCCAAUUACCGUAAGGACAAAACAGGACAUACCAGGACCACCAUACAAUUUGCAAUUCACUGAAAUUACUAUGACCAGCUUGCGCGUGUCUUGGGAUCCGCCGAAAUUACGCAAUGGCGAGAUAAUUAGUUACCUCGUCACAUAUGAAACGGCGGAGCAAAAUGAUCGAUUUAGCAAACAAGUUAAACAAAAAGUAACAGAGACGAACCUUCUUAUACAACCGUUGGAGGAGGAAGUGACGUACACUUUUAUGGUUCGCGCGCAAACGAUCGAUUUUGGACCUCCGAUAUCUGGUAAUGUUACAACUGGUCCACAAGAAGGUUCACCGAUGGUACCUAGUAAGCUUGGCGUGACCAAGACUGUCUCCAGUGUGGAGCUACAGUGGACUAACGGUGCUUCCGGGAAAGGACCUAUACUCGGUUAUUACAUUGAGACUCGUCGUAAAGAUGAUUCGCGCUGGCAGACAAUAGUUCGUAGUAGUAAUGGACCACUGACAGAAUAUACUGUAUCCUAUCAAAAUUUGUUGCCAUCUACGUCGUACUUGUUCAGAGUGAUAUCGUAUAAUCGUUAUGGAAUCAGUUAUCCAGCAUAUUCCACUGACACGAUUUUGACGCCAUCGAAAUUGUACCUGGAAUAUGCAUACCUGCAACACAGACCGUUUUAUAGGCAGACCUGGUUCAUGGUCACUUUAGCAGCUACGUCAAUUAUAAUCAUCAUUAUGGUCAUAGCAGUGUUGUGUGUAAAGAGUAAAAGUUACAAAUACAAACAAGAGGCACAAAAGACUCUCGAGGAGUCAAUGGCGAUGGAUGCGGAUGACAGGCAAGAAUCGGAUCUGGAAUUGUACAGAUCGCGUCAAGGCGUAGGCGGUGCCGUCAACGCGGCGAGCGGUACUCUAGGUAAAAGGAACACAUUGGCUCGGAAAGCCAUGCAUCCUCCGCCGCCGGCGAUGUUGGGCAAAUCGCCUCCUAGACCGUCGCCCGCAUCAGUCGCUUAUCACAGUGACGAGGAGAGUCUUAAGGGAUACGACGAAAAUCCUGACGACAGCAGUGUCACAGAGAAGCCGUCCGAAAUCAGUUCCACUGAUUCUCAAGGUUCUGAGAGCGAGAACGAGAGUGUGCAAUCUGACCCACAUUCCUUCGUGAAUCACUACGCGAAUGUGAACGACUCGUUGAGGCAAUCCUGGAAGCGACAGAAACCCGUCCGAAAUUAUUCGUCAUACACAGAUUCUGAGCCGGAAGGCAGCGCAGUCGUCAGUUUGAAUGGUGGUCAGAUCAUCAUGAAUAAUAUGGCGAGAUCGAGGGCGCCGCUGCCGGGUUUUUCGUCGUUCGUGUAAUUAAACUAAACUCUAUCUAGACACAAAGACUUUUUAUUAAUAACGAUAUCAAAAUUAUCGCGUCCUACGAGCAAAGUCUUUUUUAUAUUACGUAUAUAUAUAUAUAUAUAUAUAUAUAGAGCGAAAGACUUACGUCGAGAAUGUGUGCGUUUAUACACAACGUGCUGACGACAUAGACUUAUAGCAAACUUAUAAUGAAUUAUAGGAAGCUUGAGGCAUCUUCGUAUUGUGAUAUAUUAUAAUAUACAUACUUAUUA